AAGGGAAGGGGUAUCUGGGUGAGAGAGGAAAGUUUGGGGUCUGCUGGGGAGAAGGAUCAGACCGAGGGACAAUCCAGGUACAUUACACUUCCCUUGGUUAUGUCUGUGUAUGAUUUCUCUGACUACAGAAUCACAGGUUUACUUAGCUUGGGGGAAUGGGGGUUCAUUGUUUGUUUAAUAAUAAUCCAUGUUACGGUCUUGAAAACAAACAAUAGAUAGAGGAAAUAAAAGAGAAAUACUGUAUGUACUGUGGCUUGUAGCAAUCUUCUGUUGACAUCUGGGACGUGAAGCUCUGCCCAUUACCUUUGAGCUUCCUGGCAACUCCCAGGGUUAUAAAGUGAUUCUGAAACUCCUGGAGUGACCUGUGAAAACCGUGUGUGUGUUCUCAGCGUUCUCUCAGUCCCCGUGUUAAAGCAGAGACACUUCAUGAGAGCAGGGAGUUACAGCCAGGGAAAUGUUCUAAACAGGGCCUCCAGGCAUCUGCUGACAGGAAGAACGAACCAUUCAAGAUGCUUUUGGCAUACGUGAGGUGCAGCCGCCCCAGCAGGCUCUAGGACCUGGUGCAGCUGAGUCAGGAUGAUCCCUGUCCCUGGGUAGGUAAAGGUUGGAGUGCAAGAGCUUCGGACAUUUGGGCUUCGGACACCUCAACCCUUCUCUCCACCAUUUGGGAUUCAUUUGGACUACUGAACUCUUCUAACUUUUUUUGGUUUUCAACUUGAAGCUACUUUUUGAAAGAAAAACAAGAUGUCAAGAAAAAUUGUCCCAGGCUGCUUCUCUGCAAUGAUAUGGAAAAAACAUUUUUUCAAGGAGACCUGCUGCCAGUGUGGUGCUUCAGACAUGGAAAUCCAAAAUGAGGAGCUGGAGAAGAGAGGACGAGUAAGGAAGAGAAAGAAGAAAAAUGAAAAUAAACGUGUGAUCGUCUCUAAUUUGCCCUUUGGAAGCAAGAAGUGGAAGGAAAAUCCAAACAAAUACUACGACUCCAAUGAAAUCAAGACCACAAAAUAUACCGUCUUAACUUUCCUCCCCAAAAACAUCUAUGAGCAGUUUCACCGCUUUGCCAAUAUUUAUUUUGUGUUCAUUGCACUGCUGAAUUUUGUGCCAGUGGUGAAUGCUUUCCAGCCAGAGGUGUCUGUGAUCCCAAUUUGUGUUAUAAUGGCCGUUACAGCCAUUAAAGAUGCUUGGGAGGACUUCCGGAGGUACAAAUUGGACAAGGAAAUCAAUCAUAUGGGGUGCUACAUUUACAGCAGGGAGGAACACGCUUACGUGGAGAAGUGCUGGAAAGAUGUGAGAGUGGGGGACUUUGUGCAGCUGCAGUGUAACGAGAUCAUCCCAGCAGACAUCCUGCUGCUGCACUCCUCUGAUCAGAACGGGAUCUGCCACCUGGAAACUGCCAGCCUGGAUGGGGAGACCAACCUCAAACAGCGCCAGGUCGUGACGGGCUUCAGCAGCCAGGAUACUGUGUUUGAACCAGAACUUUUCCAAAACACCAUCGUCUGCGAAAUGCCAAAUAAUGAUCUCAAUAAAUUCAAAGGUUAUAUGGAGCUGCCAACCCAUGAACAGGUAGGUUGCAACAUUGAAAACCUCUUGCUUCGUGGAUGUACAAUCAGAAAUACUGAGGCCGCAGUAGGAAUUGUUAUAUAUGCAGGUCAUGAAACAAAGGCCAUGCUAAAUAACAGAGGUCCUCGUUACAAGCGCAGCAGAAUAGAGCAGCAGUUGAAUAUGGAUAUUUUCUUAUGUGUGGGACUCCUGUUUGUGAUGUGCCUUGUUGGAGCUGUAGGGCAUGGCAUUUGGACAGGAAACUUUUGGGAGCAUCCCCCUUAUGACGUCCCAGACAGCAAUGGCAAUUUUGUGUCUCCAGUUCUUGCUGGUUUCUACAUGUUCCUGACAAUGAUAAUCCUGCUGCAGAUUUUAAUCCCUAUAUCGCUUUAUGUGUCAAUUGAGUUGGUCAAACUGGUCCAAGUCUUCUUAAUUCACAAUGACAUUGACCUGUACGAUGAAGAAGCAGAUUUGCCCAUCCAGUGCCGUGCCCUCACUAUUACUGAAGACCUUGGACAAAUCCAGUAUAUCUUCUCAGACAAAACUGGGACACUCACAGAAAACAAAAUGGUAUUCCGACGUUGUACUGUUGAUGGAAUUGAGUUUUCCCAUCAGGAAAAUGACAGACGACUGAAAAUACAGAAAGAGCUGGAUUUAGAUCAUGAGGAUUUUGCAAAGCUUCAGCAUUUCACUCUCCCUCCCAUGAAUCUUGAGAGACCAGCCAAUUACAAGCACAACACCAUGAGGCCCUUGAGGAGGUGCCAGAGCGACCGUGCGCGCUCGCAGGGGCACAGGAGGAACAGGUCAGUCGGCCGCCGGGACAGCAACCAGUCUCAAGUGGCGUUCAGCAGCCCCAUCGAAAAGGAUGUGAUUCCUGAUAGCAGGCUGCUGAGGAGAGUGCGAGAAGCUGCCCUGCAGACAGAAAGUUUGUCUCCUUUUAUACAUGUGAAGACUUCCACAUCCUUUACUGACUUUUUUCUUGCUCUUGCCAUUUGCAACACAGUUCUGGUGUCCACUGCUACUGAGCCAAGACAAAGGGUCACAAUCCCACCACCAAUAAAACCUUCAGGAAUCACCCUGGAGAAAAUUCAUCAGAUAUUUCAAAGGCUUAAAUUAGCAAGCCUUAGUCAAUCUUUUUCAUCAUCUCAGUCUAGUUCACAGCUUGGUGCCAGCUUCAGUGCAAAGAACACAGAGGAGCCCCUUGCUGGGCUGGAGAGUUGUGGCAAUGAAAACGACUGCUCUGCCAGCAGCAGAGGCCAGGAACUGCAGGAGCAGGGCAGCACAGAUAUUGGUACUGCUUCACUGGAUGAGGUGUUUAGGUCUGCAGCUAACACUUCUCUGCCGACAGAGUUUUGUUACGAGGCUGAGAGCCCAGACGAGGCAGCUCUUGUCUACGCUGCCCAGGCCUACAGCUUCAUCCUUGUGUCCCGGACACCUGAACAGGUCACAGUGCAGCUGCCACAGGGCACGCUCCUGACCUUUGAUAUCCUCUACACCUUGGGAUUUGACUCGGUCAGGAAAAGGAUGUCUGUAGUGGUGAGACACCCUCUAACCAAGGAGAUUGUUGUCUACACGAAAGGUGCUGACUCUGUAAUUAUGGACCUGCUGGACGACUCUGCCAAAGGUGACAUUAGCACAGAGAAGAGACUGAAAAGAAUAAAAGAAAGAACACAGAAGCAUUUGGACUACUAUGCCCGUGAUGGACUGCGAACUCUGUGCAUAGCUAAGAAGGUCUUGAAUGAAGAUGACUUUCAAAAAUGGGCCAAUUUUCGUCGGGAGGCAGAAGCUGCAAUUGACAACAGGGAGGAGCUGUUAAUAGAGACAGCACAGCAUCUGGAGACCAAACUCACCCUGCUGGGAGCAACGGGGAUUGAAGAUCGUCUGCAAGAUGGAGUACCUGACACUAUUCUGUCUCUCCGAGAAGCUGGGAUAAAAAUCUGGGUGUUGACAGGAGACAAACAGGAGACAGCAGUUAACAUUGCAUACUCCUGUAAACUUCUGAACCAAAGGGACACUGUCUUCACCAUUAACACUGAAAAUAAGGAAACCUGCGAAUCCCUCUUGAACUUGACCCUGGAAGAGGUGAAGAAGAAUUACGAGGAUGACAAACCGCAGAGGAAGUUUCUCGGCAUCAUCCCAACAUCCUCCCCUGGGGUCCCCGAGGCGCCCAGCCCCGAGUUUGGGCUGGUGAUCGACGGGCGGACGCUGAGCACCAUCGUGCAGGGCGGGCUGGAGGAGAAGCUGCUGGCGCUGGCGCGGCGCUGCCGCUCCGUGCUCUGCUGCCGCGCCACGCCGCUGCACAAGAGCAUGGUGGUCAAGCUGGUGCGCAGGCAGCUGGGAGCCAUCACCCUCUCCAUAGGGGAUGGUGCAAACGAUGUAAGUAUGAUUCAAGCAGCUGAUGUUGGAAUUGGAGUGUCUGGCCAAGAAGGCAUGCAGGCUGUGAUGGCCAGUGACUUUGCAAUAUCCCGAUUUAAGCAUCUCAAAAAGCUCCUUCUUGUCCACGGCCACUGGUGCUAUACUCGCCUGGCAAAGAUGGUGAUUUACUUUUUCUACAAAAAUGUGUGCUAUGUGAACCUCCUCUUCUGGUACCAGUUCUUCUGUGGCUUCUCAGGCAGCUCCAUGGUGGAUUACUGGCAGAUGAUUUUUUUCAACCUCUUCUUCACCUCAGUGCCCCCUCUUCUCUUUGGAGUCCUUGAUAAAGAUGUUUCUGCAGAAACACUCCUACGUCUGCCCGAGCUCUACAAGAACGGACAAAAUUCAGAGAUAUACAACUUGUCAACUUUUAUUAUUACAAUGUUGGAUGCCUUCUAUCAAAGCCUCAUUUGCUUCUUUGUCCCCUAUUUGACGUACAAAGACUCUGACAUAGAUGUGUUUUCCUUUGGAAACCCCGUCAACACCAUCUCCCUCCUGACCAUUCUCUUGCACCAGGCUCUAGAAAUGAAAACAUGGACCGUGCUCCAGCUGGUGACGAUGAUCUGCAGCGUGGUUUUGUACCUCAUCUUCUCAGUGACCUACAACGCUGCCUGCCUGGUCUGCAACCCUCCCACCAACCCCUACUGGAUUAUGGAGAGACAGCUCAAAGACCCCAUCUUCUACCUGCUGUGCCUCAUUACCCCUGUCAUGGCACUCUUACCGAGGUUCUUUAUUUUUGCUCUACGAGGAGCCUUCGGAGCAUCUCUCAUUCUGAAAGCACAGCAAGUGGAUAAACUUCCUAAGGAGCAACAGGAUCUUGAAAUCCAGAAGCUAAGGUCAAGAAAAGAAGCUGCUUCUGGUGCACCUGUGGCAUCACCUGCAUCUAAUGAUGACCUUGACCAAAGCAUCAGGCACUUAUGUGUGUCACCAUUUCUACAUCCAGCAGCAGCCUUGUCUCACAGGGACACAGAAAAUCAGGGAGCUGCUGCCUCUGGGAGGAGGACAGAUGAGGAGGGCUUUUACUUCUUUAAUAGAUGGGCAGAGGAUGAAUGUGCUGCUACUGAUUCUUCAGCAGGGCCUUUCUCUGGAAAUCAUUCCCUUGUACCCAGAGGGGAAACAGCUCCUGGGCAGGAUGGUGGCAAAGAUUAUCCCAGCAACUUUAAUUACGGCAGCCACCGGCGGUCAGUGAGUUCAGUGACACUCUGAGGAGACAUUCAGACAUGGAACCCACAGCCCACGUGGAGAAGGACUCAACAGGGAAAAUAAAAAUGUUUGUGCUUAGCCAUUUUGCUCACUAGAAAUGGAGAGAGAGGCAACUGGAGUGGUGCUGUAGCAGCUUCAGCUGAAUGCAUGGUCUGGGUUUAUCAUUACUUGACUUUUUGAUCAUCCUGGUUUGGCCAUGUUACAGGAACAUUACAGGAGCAUCAUGCAGUUGCUGAGAAUUGCACAAUUACUUUAUUUCAACAACUAUUUUCGUAUCAUAUUAAUAGGGAAUACUUGUGAAGUUUCAAUAUUGUUAUUAUUAUGCUAUUCAGUUAAUAGAAAGAGAAUCCAUUCUUUUCUAAACCUAGUCGUAAAGCAACGCAUCCCACUCUAGAUUUUUACUAUCAAAAUCUUAAAAAGAGCUUAGUAGCUUAAAAAUUAUAAUUCUUCAUUAAAAUUAUUACCUGGAGAUACUAAAGGUACUUGCAGAAUAACAGCAAUGGAGAGACAUUAGAGAAUGUUCCAGGUUUUAAUCUAUGUACUUAACAUAUACAACAGUAUCAGCUCUACAGCUUGUUGUGCCUGAAGAGUAAGCUUAGGAUUUUUAUGCAGAUAUCAGUUUGACGUGAUAGUGUUAGAAAAAGGACAAAUGAGCUUAUAAAGAUGAAGAAUACAAAUACUGAACUGUGUGAACUGCCAAGACACCUCAGUGAGAAGUGGAGUCUACUUCUUCAUACAUGCAAAAGUAGACAGAUAUAACAAGUCAUAUUCAAGGAUUUGGGUCCUGGAAUUCUAAAGUUGUCCCUGAUUUUUCCUCUAGAAAUGCGGUUUCUUAUUUCAAUUCCCUGUAUUCUUAUGUGGUGCUGCUGCAUUCCAUCAAGUAUGAAUCAUGCACCUCCACACAGCUGGUCACACUCAUUGGUUGAUGGAUCUCAAUAAUGGAGAUUUUGACAAGCCAUAUAUGAAGGUCACUAACCACAUUGUAGUAAGUACAUGGUGUAAAAUGACCAAAAUAUGCAUAAUAUGUUAACUCUUUUGGUAUCUCAGGGCAAAAAGAUGCAGGAGAAAACCAUAAGCUGUCACCAUCAUAACUACUUAUUGCAAUGCAAUGAAAGGUGACUUUGGUAUUUCUUAUAGAAAUGUUGACUAGUAAGAUCAUUUCCCAAGGUUUUCUUCACAAUGUGGGAUGAAAUCUUACCUAGUUUAAAAUUCAAACCAUCUAGGCUUUUGUGAAUCUACCACUGGUUCUGAUUUAAUACGUUUUUAGCCUUUUUUAUACAUGCUGGUUUCAGCUAUUUACUAUCUAUGACAACAUGUGAUCUUUCUAAUAACCUAUUUAGCAAAUGCUAAUUUAACUCCUAUAUGUUAUAAUAAUUACUGUAGCUAGAGUCUUCAAGUUAUUACUUUGAAACAACUCAGGCAAAAUUGAGUAGCAUAUCUCCCACUGAGGUUUCUGGUAGCCAGAGCAAGAUAAUACAUAAGAACUCCUUUUGUUAGAGUAUUAAUUGUCAGCAGUUAAACAAUUCAGUAAGAGAUUUUUUUGCUUGAUGAACAAAAUGAAAGAAAUUAGGUAUAAAUGAGAUUAUUGUUAAUGGAGGGUGAGAUUGCUCAAAUGUUUGCUCACUAGCUGGGAAUGGACCUGGGGCAACAAGACUAAAGAUCAGUCCUUUACCAUUCACAGCUUUUUUUUUUUACAUUAAAUGGUCCAUUUCCUUUAAACUUAAAGAAGAUGUCAAUUCAUUACACAUUGUACUAUAAAAUGUGAAGUGUUUCAUAGAAAUAAGCGUGAUAAGAUCAUGCCUUGCUGUGUUGUUGAGAGGACAGAAGCAGAGGUGAAGGAGUGCUUUUCCUACUGGCACCCACGAGCAGCAAACUCACAUUUCCUCUGCACAGUAGGAACAUUUAUCAGAAGAACUAGGUGACAAAUGCAUCUGAAUGUGCAAGGGGCUAGACAGGCUGUGUUUAACCAAAUCUGGAUGACUUCCUGAAUUGAAUGCUGCCUGUAUGCCUUUCCUGAACUGAAAGCCAAGAGUUAAUCUCAUGUUUUCUCAUCAGUCUCUGCAAAGCAGUUCUGCCAUGCAUUUUGCCCAGCAGAAUAGGGUCAGAAAUAGCACAGAGGGGAGGGUCCUUUAAAGACAGGGAGGGAAAACAGGAUUGAUUAGGAACUCCAGCCAAAUAACCCCUAGAUACUAUUUAGUGAUACAUUUCCUGCUAUGUCUGGGAACAAAAGAAGAGGAAGAGUCCUUUUCUAAGUAGUUUCUAGGCUUUAAGCAAAAAAAGUUGUGUCAGUUAAAAGAAAGAAAUAAAUAAUCCAAUUUUGCAUGGGUGCCUUAAAUAAUUCUGUAGCUAAACAUACAAAGUGAUAAUUCUAUGUGUGGUAGAUUACCACAAGUGGUCCAGUGGACAAAUUUACCUGGAGAGUUUGCAACAUAGAGGAAAACCACCCCUUCAUUUCCCUUGAUCCUUGAGGAGAGAGAAAGCUGAAAUAAACAGAAAUGAAAGGCAGCACCAUGCAAGGCUUGACCUCUGCAUUCCAACUGGCUCCAGAACUUUCUGUAUCUCCCCUCCUGGGUGACAGUGCUGCCAGCUGCCCUCCAAAGCAGAUGCUGUCUCAGCUCUGGACCCGUAUUAACUGCUAAACAGUGUGAUCUUCCUUCUGCUCCUGGCUAUGCACUUCCCAUGAACUAUCUCAUAUUAAAAAAAUGUCAAACAGGCACUUACAUCCCUUUGAUCAUGAGGUAAAUUAGCGGAGACUAUCCAGCCUUUGGGGAUGUAAGAUCAAGAGAAAAAACUUUUUUUUGCAAAGAAAACAAGCCUACAGCUAGACAGAAAAUCUCCUAAGGAAUUUCUUUGGAAGAAGGGAAGUAUAUUUACUAAAUGGGUUAUUUAGACCUAACUGGAUUUCCAAGGUAGCUUUAUUUAUUUAUUUCAAGACAUAUUUAAUAAUACUGUCAAGGUCCAUGUUCCAUUAGUUCUAAUGGCAAUACUUUGUAACAGAACAGGUGUCUAAUUUUUAAUGUAUCCUCUGGUGAUAUUCAAUAUUUCAUAUGCUUGGACAAUAAAACAUUAA